GGAAGGGCGCAGUCGCCGUCUGGUCGCCGUCCAGACCAACCCGCAGCAACAGCCGAGAGCACACCUUCCCGCAGCUUCUCCCUCGGGUUCGCGGCCGCUGCGCCUAAGGGUUACUGGGAUUUCAGCUUGAACACAGGGUGGACUAUCAUGGCAUCUAUCUGGGUUGGACCCCGAGGAACCAUAAGAGAUUACCCAGGCUUUAGCCCAGCAGUGGAUGCUGAAGCUAUCCGGAAAGCAAUCAAAGGAAUCGGAACUGACGAGAAAACCCUCAUCAGCAUUCUGACAGAGCGGUCCAAUGCGCAGCGGCAGCUGAUUGCCAAGGAGUAUCAAGCAACGUAUGAACAGGAGCUGAAAGAUGACUUGAAGGGUGACCUCUCUGGCCACUUUGAGCACGUCAUGGUGGCUCUUGUGACUGCACCAGCCCUGUUCGAUGCAAAGCAACUGAAGAAAUCCAUGAAGGGCACUGGGACUGAUGAAGAUGCCUUGAUUGAAAUCUUAACCACCAGGACAAGCCGGCAGAUGAAGGAGAUCUCGCAGGCCUAUUAUACAGUGUAUAAGAAGAGUCUCGGAGAUGACAUUAGUUCUGAAACAUCUGGUGACUUCCGGAAAGCUCUGCUGACUCUGGCAGAUGGUAGAAGAGACGAAAGUCUGAAAGUGGAUGAACAUCUGGCCAAAAAAGAUGCCCAGAUCCUCUAUAAUGCCGGUGAGAACAAAUGGGGCACGGAUGAAGACAAAUUCACCGAGAUCCUGUGUCUACGGAGCUUCCCUCAGCUGAAACUAACAUUUGAUGAGUACAGAAAUAUUAGCCAGAAGGACAUUGAGGACAGCAUUAAAGGAGAAUUAUCUGGGCAUUUUGAAGACCUGCUGCUGGCCAUAGUACAUUGCACGAGGAACACCCCGGCGUUUUUAGCGGAAAGACUUCAUCAGGCUUUGAAGGGUGCUGGAACGGAUGAGUUCACUCUCAACAGAAUAAUGGUUUCUAGAUCGGAGACCGACCUUCUGGACAUCCGACAGGAGUUCAAGAAGCAUUAUGGCUACUCUCUAUACUCAGCCAUUCAGGCAGAUACUUCUGGAGACUACAGAGCCGUACUCUUGAAGAUCUGUGGGGGAGAUGACUGAAAAGGACGGUGUCCGAAGGCUACUGCCCGGACCGUGGGCCUCCGCGACGGCAAAGGCUCUGCCUGGACCGUGGGCCUCCGCGAUGGCAAAGGCUCUGCCCUGACCAUGGGCCUCCGCGACGGCAAAGGCUCUGCCCGGACCGUGGGCCUCCACGACGGCAAAGGCUCUGCCUCCUACUUUCCUGUAACAUUCCAAAGCACACGCAAAAGCAAGACUGCAGUCUGUCUGCCUGAUAGGAAUCGUCACCAUUGCAAGGGCAAAAGCGAACAGGAUUUUAUGUUACAGCACCUCAUUCAUAGUGUAGAGGGAAAUUCAACCUACAUUUAAAGACCUACUAAUGAUUUUCUAUUUUUGCUUAGGAUGUUGGCAUCGGUGUAGUCUGAAGCCAUUAAACAUAAAUCAGGAUUCUAAAAGUGGUUGCUUUUGUUAAAUAUAAUGUGUGCAUUUGCUUUCAACAUCUACCAAUACCGUGUGUUGCUUGGUGCCAACAAAUAUCUAAAGAUAUGCUUGUUGUAAA